AUGCAUAUAAAGCGACCUUCGGUGGCUGUUCAAUCAUUACAAGGAAAAUUGGGGUGCAUAUUUGAGAAAAAGAAAGGAAUUGAAACAAAUAGAGAUAGAAAGAUAGUAAAAGAGAGAGAGAGAGAGAGAGAGAGAGAGAGAGAGAGAGAGAGAGAGAGAGAGAGAGAGAGAGAGAGAGAGAGAGAGAGAGAGAGAGAGAGAGAGAGAGAGAACGGCUCGCGUCAUGCUUGCAGCAAUAGCAAGCGUAGGCAAACCAUUAUAGGACGAGCAAUAUAG